AUGUUUCUGUUAAACAUAGUGUGUAAGAACAAGCAUGAGCUACUAACAUGCUGUUACAGGGGACAAGUACGAAGUUAUAGCAAUGGGGAAUAUUCGUCAUAUAUUAGUAAAAUUUUUAACAACAUAAACAAUAAAUUAAAAAAAGAAAAAUUUGAAGAGAAAAAUGAAGGAAGUGAAAAGAAUUUAAUUUAUAUUUAUAAGCAAUAUGAGAGUGUGAUAGCAAAACUUGAGUACAACAAAAUGAUGGGAAGAGAUCUGUCUUAUUGCAUGAAUAUUUUAUCAAAAAUAAAAUUUUUUAAGGAACACAAGUUCUGGAUAAACUGCUGUAAUAAAUUAGUUAAAGGUAAAAUGCUACACCGAAUAAACAUGCAGAGUUAUUAUAUAAUAGCUAACGCCUUGAGUAAGGUGGAUGUUGUAUACAGCUGUUGCCGUAAGGGAACACCAUAUGAAGAAGCAAAUGGACGGUUCGUAUUUUUCUUGAUUCCCCCCGUCGAUGAAAGGGGUAACAUGAAAAAAAAGGAGAAAAAGGAAAGUGGAACACAAGUAGAAGAAGAGGAAGAAGAGGAAGAAGUUGAAGAUGUUAAAAUGGAAGGUAGAAUAAAAAGUAAAGCUAACGACAAAAUGAAAAACAAAACUGCAGUAGACGUAGAAUUUGAAGUUAAAACUAAAGCUAAAUCUGAAGUUAUGACUCGCCACCGGAUCUACGAAGAAAUUGCCAUGAGAUUUCUCAUCGACAUUGAGCGGAUCGACAUGGACGGAGUGAGCUGUAUUUUGAAUAUGUUUUCUAAAUUAAAUUUAGAUGACUAUAAUUUUUUAUUCUAUUUUUUUGCGGACUACUUUGUACAUACCAUGUUACAAGAGAGAUCAACAGUAUUGUUUAACGGAAAAAUGCCUAAUGAAAGAACUGGAAAUAGUUUUGUCAACGAAGAAAUUUAUUCACUUGUUAAUCCUAGUAAGAAUUCAUUACUAAAGGAAAGAGCAUCAUGUACCAUUAGAAUAGAUAAACAUAAUAUAUCAAAGUUAGUUAUCGUUGUACAUUCACUAGCUAAGUCUAACAUAGUUCAUGUAGAAUUUUUCUCAUAUGUGUGUGCAUAUUUUGAAAGGUACUUUACAUAUUUAAAUAAUUUAGACAUUUGUAAUAUACUGUAUAGUAUGGCAAAAAAUGUGGAUACGUUAUUCUUGAGGAAAAAAUGGGAAAACUCAUCUUUACAUAAAAGAAUAUCUAGUGAACAUUUUGACUUAUAUUUAAAUGCAAUUAUAAGAAGGAUUAGCAUGUAUACAAAUUCAUACCAUAACAGUAAGGACCAUAUAUGCACAGUACAACGCGUUUAUCAUAGUUUUUUAAAAAAAGACUAUGCGUUACUUGUGAGUAGGGUAUUACAUAAGGAGGAGGGAAAUCCUUCACUUUUACUCGACAAACUUCUUAACCAUGUGCAGAGCGAAUUGGUGCUAAACAAACUGAGCCCUGUGCAAAUUUCCUCUAUAGCUCUUUCAGUAGUAAAAUUAAAGAUAAUUUUAUCUAUAGAUAUAUAUUACGCAUUUAUUUGUAGAAUACAUUCCUUGUGGAAAUACUUUUCUCUACGCAGCAUCGCUGAUUUUUUGUUUUCGAUAAGUGAAAAGAAUAUAUAUGACAGGCAGGUAACUGUGUUAUUAACUUAUCAAUUUAUCAAAUUAGUUUAUGAAAAGUACAUGAAUGCUAUAAACAAAAAAAAUUCCAAUUUAAGGAAAAAUAUACAUUUAAUUAAACAAAAUGCGGAUGGUAUUUACUAUUUGGGUAAGUCAUCUAAACGAGUUACAUUCCUAGAUGAGAAAGAAUGCUCACUGGUUGUUCGAGUGUUUCAGUCAUUUUGCAAAUCAUUUAUACUGGUGAGUAACUCUUCCUUUGUGAAUGACGAUCUGGAGCGAUGCUUCCCGUAUAGCCUCCGCCAUGUAGUUCCUGUUGUUGGAAGUAGCACUAGGGAAGAAGCGGUGAACAGGGCGCAAGGAUCAUUUACAAUAGUUGGUAAUCAUAAAAGCACGGUAAAUGAUAAUGAAAGCAAUGGAAAGGAAUCUUUUGACAUGUUUUCAGGUAUGGGAAAUGGACAAAAUUUUGCAGAGCAACAUGAACCGUACAUAUGGUAUAAGAUGAAUUGUUAUCCUGAUAGUAGUUCCCCAAUUUUUACUAUCUUUGAUAAAAAUGCAAAUUUGAUUAAUUGGUAUGCCCUUCGUACCUUUUAUCUAUGUCUUGUUCAACAUUUUGACAUAAUAUCUUUUGCGAAUAAAUGUUUGCUUUGUUAUUUUUCUGUAAAUAUACCAUAUUUUGUUUUCCCUAUACGGGUUAGUAAAACAGGGACUUGUGGGAUAAACGCAUCUUCCAUAAAUCAUGAUAGUAAAGAUGUGCUCAAGAGAGACAAUAGUAUACCUUUUAACUUGCAAAAAUCAGAUAAAACAUGUACAUAUUCCAUUUCUAAUCGUUUACAGUUUUGCUUUUCUUUUUCUGCAAAGAUAAUAUUUCAUCUGUUAUAUAUUAUGAAAGUAGACCAACAGUGUGAAGUUACCUCUAGGCAAAUACUCACUUGUCUUUUAUGUCUAUAUUUAGAAAUUAUUAACGUAUGGAUUAUACCAAAUGACCAUGUAAAAUGUUUGACAAAAGGAGGGCUACAAGUGAUUAGGACAUACGCGAACAGUGUUCAUAAAGAAUGGUACGAUGAUGUCAAUUAUAAUACAAAUAGAUUUAUUUCUUGUUAUUUGAAGAAUAUGAACACAAGUGUUGUUCACAUCCCAUGUUUAAUAGAUGUUUCAACUCGUUAUAAUGUUUUUUAUUUCGUCUCUCUAAAUAUACUUAGAAAAAUUAAUUUGUUCCUAGAUUAUGCUAAAAGGAAAAAUUAUCAGCAAAAUGAGCUAGCCUUAUCAUCUAGAAUUCAUAACGAAGUGUAUAACUGCUUGAGAUUGGUUAUUAGCACCAUGAAGAACAAAUAUAGAAAAGGGAUGAAGUACCAUUCCGAGGUGCUGGUCGGCCCGUUUGUGUUGGUUAGUUCCAGAGAGGGGAAGAUUUUAACGAUCAUUCGUUAA